AUGCCACGAGUACAUAUCAUUUUGCUGCUGGUUGCGAUAGCAUUCCUGAAUUCCAACGCUCAGCAUGGAAACUUGAAGAAUGUGCAAAAACACACUCCAUCGCCCCUUUCUGCGAGCGGCCUUCAGAAAUUGGCAGCUGAUCCGUUGGUGCUUUUGCCGCAGACAUUGGAAAAUUUGCUCGUUGAGCGAGUGGUCGGAACCGCGGGCCAUGAAAAUGUGAAAAAUUACAUCGUGGAACAGAUGAGUCGGCUCGGCUACACGGUAGAUCUGGACGAGUUUGAGCAAACCGUCCCGAUUCUGGGCAAGGUACGGUUUGGCAACAUAAUCGCCACGCUCAACCCGAACGCGGAACGAAAUCUGGUGCUUGCCUGCCAUUACGAUAGUAAAUACUUCCCCGGACAAAAGUUCAUCGGCGCUACGGAUUCGUCCGUACCGUGUGCAAUGCUAAUUACAAUGGCGGCCACACUGGAACCAUAUCUGCAGUCCGUGAAAGAGAGAACGGGCCUAAGCCUACAGUUUAUUUUCUUCGAUGGUGAAGAAGCAAUACAAAACUGGUCCGAGAAGGAUUCGCUUUACGGCGCACGGCACCUUGCCGAGCAGAUGGAGCGGGACAACACGCUGAAAAAGAUGGACAUGCUCGUACUGCUCGAUCUGCUGGGGACGCCGGAGCCCAAUUUUUAUAGCUAUUUCUCCGAAACGGAAAACUGGUACGUGCAGCUAAUUUCGGUCGAGCGCCGAUUGGACGAGCUGGGUCAUCUGGAAAACUACAGCACAAGCAGUGUUUCAACGUCCCAAAAAUCCAUCGCUUACUUCAAACCACAUUCCAUCUCGGCGCAGAUCGAAGAUGAUCACAUUCCCUUCCUGAGGCGUGAAGUGCCCGUUCUGCACAUCAUCCCACACCCCUUCCCGGACGUGUGGCACAGGCUGGAAGAUAAUGGUGAUAUCGUGGACGUACCGACGGUGCGCAAUUUAAUCAGAAUAUUUUCCGUGUUCGUGAUGGAGUAUCUGCAUGUGCCGUUAUGA